CUGUGGGUUCAGCAGCCGGUUCUGGGUAGAAGGUACGAAGAGGCAGGUUUACUGUGCUUAGUAACGAAAGAGCGGCGGGCGAGGGGCGACUUUGAGCUACUCUGAGCUACUCCACGGAUCGGGAAAAAGCAUCCCCUACGGAUCACGGCGGACACGUCCAAGGAGCGAAACGACCGUACUCUGAAGGCCGGACGGGGAUCGGAGGCGUAGGGGUCGCCCUCGCGUGGACGAGACUUCAGGAUCCGAGCAGUCUCUUCCACGCGACGGUGAAAGUUGGCCACGCGCGCAGACGUGCACGUCGUGCUGAGACAGCAGGCAUAUGUUGACCAACGAGCCCCGUUGAGUUGAGAACUCGGAUCCUGUUUCCAACCCAUGCCCCCCCAGUCCUCCUGGCGCCACCCCUCCCGGCUUGAGCGCGCAUGCGUAACUUAUACGGCCCUCAUGGUAAAUCCAGUGUUUACACGACCGCCUGCAGCUGAACUGGAUCCACACUUCUCCUCUCCCUUUUCUGGACUUCAGAGUAUGUCUUUCUGUGUGUGCGUGUGUGCGUGAGGCGGGGGCAGGAGGAGGGGGUGGGGCUCGCAAAGGCAAAUAUUUUCCAUGCUACUGGUCUGACCAGCUUUUCAGAUCAUGUGUCUGCGUGAAGAAGCAGAGCUGCGGGGUCCUCGACUCGGGAGAAACCGGAGCGAAUGAAAACGGCAGGGGAGGAGCGGCGCGUUCGUAAACGCACGCGCGCCGUUCUCUAACGGCACACGCGCGCAGACCUCCGGGGGCAUCUGCGUCGCUGGCUGCCGAGGAGGGAUCCCCCGGGCCUUGCGUCGACGCCUUCGUCACAUGGGGGUAGCUGCUACCGGACUCAUCUGGGCUCGGCGCUCCUCUCCUCGCGGGCAUGGGGGGCUGUCACAGCCUCGGCGGCGCCACAAAGGCAGCGGCGGCGGCGACCCCCGCAAAGAAGGGGGAAUUCUCGGACAUCGCCGCGCACAAACUAAAUAACAACUCGAAAGUGGCCCCCUCCCUGGCGGAGAAGCCCUACCUGCGGAAGGCGUACGUGUCCGAGGGCAUCGGCCCCGUGGACACGAGGGCGCUGUCGGCGCUGCCCAGGGGGCUCGACCGGGCCGAGUGGAUCGCCAGCAACGCCCUCGCCUUCUUCAAGCUCGUCAGCCUGCUGUGUGGCGCCACCUCCGAGUUCUGCACCACCAGGUCCUGCCCCACCGCCACGGGCCCGGGCAACAAGACUUACUAUUGGACCGAUGAGCACGGGAGGAAGGUGAAGUGUUCCGCGCCGCUCUACGCCGACUACGCCAUGUCCUACAUCCAAGAGCUGCUUACAGACGAAGAGGUUUUUCCCACAAGAGCAGGCUGUCCCUUCCCCACCGGAUACAUCUUUCUGGUCCAAAAGGUCUUCUCAUACCUGUUCCACAUGCUGGCCCACCUGUAUGAGGCCCACUUUGACAACAUUGUGGUGGCGGAGAUGCACCCACACCUCAACACACUGCUGGCUCACCUGGUGACUUUCACGCAGGAGUUUGAGCUCCUGGAACCAUCUGAGACCGCUCCACUCGAGGACCUUAUCACUGCCCUCUUGCACUUCCACAGCACAUGAGAGAAGGACCUCACGGGACUGUAGGGAGACAGCAAUUUGGUGUUGAAGAAGCACACAUAUGUUAUGGGUAACAUAUUGCUACAAGGUUGAAACUGUCCAAGUG